AUGAUAUUUGCGUGGCAGGUGGUUCUCGGCAUCUGCCUCUUGUGGCAAAUGACGAAGGCCGAGGUGAUUUUCAAGCUUAUGAAAGUCGAGUGCGAGGGAAAUCCGGCGAGAGUUAAAAAUGUUUCCUGUUAUGUGAAGGCGGUCAAUUGGAAUAUGGGGGAGGUGAACAUGGACUGUCAUUUGACUGUGACCGUGAGAAACCCAAUGAUUCGAAUGGAGAUCUUAAGGAAGGAUUACAGCAACCAGUACCAACCGUUCUUAGUUGACAUUAUUCUUCGAUUUGACAAAUGCUGGCUAACGACUGAUAUCACUGAAAAAGUAGUUAUAGCAAUGAUAUUUGCGUGGCAGGUGGUUCUCGGAUGCUGCCUCAUGUGGAAAAUGACAGAGGCCGAGGUUAUUUUCAAGCUUAUGAAAGUCGAGUGUGAGGGAAAUCCGGCGAGAGUAAUGAAUAUUUCCUGUCGUGUAAAGCCGAUCAAUUGGAAUUCGGCGGAGGCGAACAUGGACUGCUUUUUGACUGUGCCCUUGAUAAGCCCAAUUAUUCGGGCGCAGAUCUUUAGAAAGGAUUAUAGCAACAAGUUCCAGCCUUUUCUAGUUGAUGCGACAUUUAGCAUUUGCGACGUGAUUGAAAGGAAGAGCUAUAUUCCCUACGGCGUCAUGAUUUGGAAGCAGCUAAAAAGAUACUCCAAUGCGAAUCACUCCUGUCCCUUUUCGGGAAACUUAACAUUACGAAAUGCAUUAUUGCCCACGGAGCUGCUGCCACCGUUUCCACAAGGCUUCUAUCAGUUCCGUUUUACAUUCUUGGAUUCCAAUUCUACCAACCGCGACUAUGUGGCCACUGUAAAAAUGUUAUUUCAAAGCAUGGAACCGAUAAAAAGUAAAAAACGACCAGUGUCUAAAAAUGAAAACGUUCGUUAA